GCCAGUGCUACAUCUUGGCAGUCUGAAGCGAUUGGCUCCUCUCUGGGGAGCGGAGGGUGUUCAGUUAUUAAUGACCGCUGAGCGGGCAGCACCAUGUCAGUGUGACAACUGAUCUGGUGAACGAUGCACCACUAACCACCAUGGAAACGAGGAGAAAUAAAGCCAGCUAGCAGGAUCGCGCCUCACCGGAUCCAGAGCCUCAGCCUGCUGCCGGAGAGAGUUCCAGUCAAAAGGAGGAAGGGAUCCCAGCUGCCGGCUCCUGCCUUCCUUUAGAUUUUAGAAAAAAAGAGAUACCAUUGCUUGCAUGUGUGCAUAUCUAUAGUAUAUAAUUGUGUAUACUUUAUUACACAUUCAUAUGCACCUAUUUAUACUGGGUAAGAAGACAGCCAUGUGAUUAUCUCAGUCAAGGGACCGAGCAAGCAGGGACACCGGAGGAGGGCUAUCCCUGCAUCUGCUAAUGCAAGCCAUGUAGCAGUAUUGGAAAUGACGGCUUUGUGACCAGGCAAGCCGAAGAGGGCCACCUUUUCAGGGUGCUGCUUGUCACUGACAAAGUGCUAAGCUAGGAUGCUGAAUAAUGCCUCUACAACUGCAAGUACUGGACAGCAUGGGAUUUGAAUUCCAGAUUUCAAAAUAAAUGAAUUGCUCCAUAUCCUAUGACCAUCUAUACAUACAUCAUCUUCAAAGCGUCCAUCAGUACUCUAUCACUGAGGAGACAGCAACCAUCUUUUCUCCACUAUGCAUGCCAUUUUUGGAAACUACAUCUGUGGCACUCAUAAUUAUUUCUACGAAGAAAACACCUAUAGUUCUACAGCAUUCAUCAUUUGACAAAUGCAAGGACCUCCCUCAUCAGUCAGCCUGUGCUGAACUUAUUGGCGGUGACUGGAAUCCUUAAGGGCCUAUUAAAUUUCUGGAGACAAAAGCUAAGAUGAAGGACAUGCCACUCCAAAUUCAUGUGCUGCUUGGCCUAGCUAUCACUACUCUAGUACAAGCUGUAGAUAAAAAAGUGGAUUGCCCACAAUUAUGUACAUGUGAAAUCAGGCCUUGGUUUACACCCAGAUCUAUCUAUAUGGAAGCAUCUACAGUAGACUGCAAUGAUUUAGGGCUUUUAAACUUCCCAGCCAGAUUGCCUGCGGACACACAGAUUCUGCUUCUACAGACUAACAACAUUGCAAGAAUCGAACAUUCCAUAGACUUUCCAGUGAACCUUACUGGCCUGGACUUAUCUCAAAACAAUCUAUCUUCAGUCACAAAUAUUAACAUACAAAAGAUGCCUCAGCUUCUUUCUGUGUACUUAGAGGAAAACAAACUAACUGAGCUGCCUGAAAAAUGUCUCUAUGGGCUGGGCAAUUUACAAGAACUCUACAUUAACCACAAUUUGCUUUCGACCAUUUCACCCGGAGCCUUUAUUGGCUUACAUAACCUUCUUCGACUUCAUCUCAAUUCAAACAGACUGCAGAUGAUCAACAGUAAGUGGUUUGAUGCUCUUCCCAAUCUAGAGAUUCUGAUGAUCGGGGACAACCCCAUCAUCAGAAUCAAAGACAUGAACUUCCAGCCACUUCUCAAUCUUCGCAGCCUGGUUAUAGCUGGCAUAAACCUCACGGACAUACCGGAUAAUGCCUUGGUUGGGCUGGAAAACUUGGAAAGCAUCUCUUUUUACGAUAACAGACUUAUUAAGGUACCCCAAGUUGCUCUUCAAAAAGCUGUAAACCUCAAAUUUUUGGAUCUAAAUAAAAAUCCUAUUAACAGAAUACGAAGGGGUGAUUUUAGCAAUAUGCUACAUUUGAAGGAGUUGGGGAUAAACAACAUGCCUGAACUUGUCUCCAUUGACAGUCUAGCUGUGGAUAACUUGCCAGAUUUAAGAAAAAUAGAAGCUACUAACAACCCCAGAUUGUCUUACAUUCACCCCAAUGCAUUUUUCAGACUCCCCAAGCUAGAAUCCCUCAUGCUGAACAGCAACGCCCUCAGUGCCCUCUACCAUGGUACCGUGGAAUCUUUGCCAAACCUCAAGGAAAUCAGCAUACACAGCAAUCCCAUCCGGUGUGACUGUGUCAUCCGCUGGAUUAACAUGAACAAAACCAACAUUCGAUUUAUGGAACCGGAUUCUCUGUUCUGUGUGGACCCACCUGAAUUCCAAGGCCAGAAUGUUCGGCAAGUGCAUUUCCGGGAUAUGAUGGAAAUUUGUCUCCCUCUUAUAGCUCCCGAGAGCUUUCCUUCUAGCUUGGAUGUAGAGGCUGACAGCUAUGUGUCCCUUCACUGCAGAGCUACUGCAGAACCCCAGCCUGAAAUCUACUGGAUCACACCUUCUGGUAAAAAACUAUUGCCAAAUACUCUGAGAGAGAAGUUCUAUGUUCAUUCUGAAGGCACACUAGACAUAAGGGGCAUAACCCCAAAGGAAGGGGGGUUAUACACUUGUAUAGCAACUAACCUAGUUGGUGCUGACUUGAAGUCUAUUAUGAUCAAAGUGGGAGGUUCUGUUCCUCAGGAUAAUAAUGGUUCACUGAAUAUUAAAAUAAGAGAUAUUCAGGCCAAUUCCAUUCUGUUAUCUUGGAAAGCAAGCUCUAAAAUUCUCAAAUCCAGUGUUAAGUGGACAGUCUUUGUCAAGACUGAAGAUUCUCAUGCUGCCCAAAGUGCUCGAAUACCAUCUGAUGUCAAGGUAUACAAUCUUACUCAUCUGAAACCAUCUACUGAGUAUAGAAUUUGUAUUGAUAUUCCCACCAUCUACCAGAAAAGCAGAAAACAAUGUGUGAAUGUCACCACAAAAAGUUUGGACCGUGAUGGAAAAGAAUAUGGAAAGAGUCACACAGCGUUUAUGGCCUGCCUUGGAGGGCUUUUGGGGAUUAUUGGCGUCAUGUGUCUUCUCAGCUGCAUCUCACAAGAAAUGAACUGUGAGGGUGAACAACACAGUUAUCCGAGGAAUUACUUUCACAAACCGACUUUGGCACUGAGUGAGCUUUACCCCCCUCUGAUCAACCUCUGGGAAUCAGGCAAAGAAAAAAGUGCACCCUUGGAAGUAAAAACGACCAUUAUAGGGGUGCCAACAAACGUGUCCUAAAACCAACCAACCAAACCUACUUCAAAGAAAAGCUCAAGACUGCAGUAGUGCUGAAGGGAAAAAAAGGCACAGAAAAACAAACAACAACAAAAACAGGCAGAGGAAUGUUACUUUCUGGAAGGAAGAAUCAGCUUCACCAAUGCUGCUCCCGGCCAAUGGAAACGUGAAAGUUCAGCAUUUUAAUUGACUGGCUUCAAAGGGUACUGUGGCAACCAAAUAAAACAAUUCCAUUUUCUAGAACUUUCAUGUAACUUUUAUGUCAGGACUACAGUUAAUGUGAACAAAAACAUUUCUGUAUUUUUUUUAAGUGUAGAAGAGUAGUUGAACUGAGCAAUACCUCCUCCUGUGUUGUAUUACACAUGUUAGCCACGAGUUUUUGCAGUGACCAGAUAAACUUGAAUUGACACGUGGUGUAAGGAAAAGGACAAAUUCUAUAGAGUAGACACAGUGAGUAUGUGGACCUCUUUUAUAAGGAAAAAUACAUUUUGGAUUCAAAUCAAUUGCUUUUGUCUUGUUUUUGUUUCUAAAUAAAGAAUAAUUUCUGGGAACUAU